AUGGGGGCCCUUCUGAUGCUCUUCCUGCUCUCGCUGCCUUGGACAGAAGAGCCGAAGCAUCCAGACCCAGAGAAGAUGCCCGGCCAGCCCACGUCCCAGCGGAGCAGGAGAGAGGGGGAGGGGACUGUCUGGUCCGGGGGCUGCCGGCUCUCACCUGUCCAAGGCAGCGAGAGCAGGAAGAGCAUCAGAAGAGCCCCCAUGUCUGUGCCCCAGGAGGUGGCCUGCUCGCCCCGAGACUCCUCUCGCAGAAGGCUUGCCACCGUGGUUCCAGGGAAAGAGGGGCAUCCGGCUGCCAUCACGGUGACCGACCCCCGAUAUGAAGGCCGAGUGAGCUUCCUGGACCCCAGCUACGCCCUGCUCAUUAGCAACCUGAGCUGGGGGGACUCGGGGCCUUACCAGGCUCAGGUCAACCUGAGGACGUCCCAGACCACCACCACGCAGCGCUAUGAUCUCCGUGUCUACCGACGGCUGUCAGAGCCUCUCGUCACUGUGUGCUUUGAGAUCUCCGGGGACGGUGGCUGUAACGUGUCCCUGACAUGCUCCGUGGAGAAUGCAGGCCCGGACGUGACCUACAGCUGGCUGUCCUGGGAAGACGGCACUGAGACAGUCCAUGAGGGCUCUGCCCUCGCCGCAUCCUGGAGGCCUGGGGACAAGGCCCUCUCCUAUGCCUGCAGGGCCAACAACCCGGUUAGCAGCGUCCGUUCCAGGCUGGUCCCUGCUGGGCCCUUCUGUGCAGAUCCCGGCAACGCCGCGGACACAACUUACUUCUGCCUCUGGGUCAAGGGGCUGCUGCUGCUCCUGCUCGUGGUCCUUCUGGCCGUGGGGCUUUGGCUGCUCCGAGCCCGGAAAAGAUGCAGAAUGCCGAAGACAAGAACACUCGGGAGAGACAGGCUGAGACGGAGAAAGGAGAAGCCCCACCCCAGCCUGGCCUGAUGGCCCCGCCUUGGGGACCCCUGUCCUAAGCACUGUUUCCACCCAACCUCCCCUCCCGGGUGCUUCUCCUCCCAGGGGGCCUCGUGUGGGUGUCCCAAGGGCUGCUCUCUGGAGGGAAGAUUAUCAGGCAAUAAAGACACAGCAAGGGAUCAC